AUGAAAUUUUUAGCUUUGACCAUUUUCGUAUUCCUGUUCUUGGCCGCUUUUGUCGCUGCCGUACCCGCUGAUGAAUCAUUACCCGGCGAUCUUUACGAUCAGGAGCAAUACAGUGCACAAGAUCCUCAAUCCUUCUUCAAAUUGAAGAAAAUCAAGAAACUCUUGUUGGGUUAGAAAUUUAAUCAUCUUUUAAGCAGCAUUUUAACUACUAGUCUCUAGUUUCAACGUGUCCAUUGUAAUUAGAAUAAAACAUGUCAUUUUUCAUCUUCUGAAUAAAGAAAUAUUAAGUACAAAAUA